AUGCGAGCCCAAUCGGCAAACGGAUUAAACCAAAAAGAGCAGUCGGGGUCAACCUGUCAACCCCUAGACAUCAGCUCCACAAGAUUCUCUACGCCUGACUUAACCAUUACUGAUUCUCCAAAUGAAAGUGACACAUCAUUCGACUUGGAAGUUAGUGAUUUUGUUGAUGAUACUGAAGAUGUCGAUGGACUGGUUGAAAUAGCACCUAAGAUGCAUGAUGAGCCUGAAGUUGAAAGUUGA